GGCCGGCCCGACCCCGGCCCCGGCCCCAGGACCAGCCCUUAUCUGAUCCCGGCUCCGAGUUUAAGAGUCCUGGCCCUGCCCGUCGCACAGCUCCGUUCCUCACGCCUGCCCGCCCCGUCUGUCCGUCUGUCCCGCUGCCCAUCCGAGGGGCCACUCCACCCCGGACCCAAGAUGACGUCGGUUGCCAAGGUGUAUUACAGCCAAACCACUCAGACAGAAAGCCGGCCCCUAAUGGGCCCAGGGAUACGACGGAGGAGAGUCCUGACAAAAGAUGGCCGCAGCAAUGUGAGAAUGGAGCACAUUGCUGACAAGCGCUUCCUCUACCUCAAGGACCUGUGGACAACCUUCAUUGACAUGCAGUGGCGCUACAAGCUUCUGCUUUUCUCUGCAACCUUUGCAGGCACCUGGUUCCUCUUUGGUGUGGUGUGGUAUCUGGUAGCUGUAGCCCAUGGGGACCUGCUGGAGCUGGGACCCCCAGCCAACCAUACCCCCUGUGUGGUACAGGUGCACACGCUCACCGGGGCCUUCCUCUUCUCCCUUGAGUCCCAGACCACCAUUGGCUAUGGCUUCCGCUACAUCAGUGAGGAGUGCCCACUGGCCAUCGUGCUUCUUAUUGCCCAGCUGGUGCUCACCACCAUCCUGGAAAUCUUCAUCACGGGUACCUUCCUGGCAAAGAUUGCCCGGCCCAAGAAGCGGGCGGAGACCAUCCGUUUCAGCCAGCAUGCGGUUGUAGCUGCACACAAUGGAAAGCCCUGUCUUAUGAUCCGAGUCGCCAACAUGCGUAAGAGCCUCCUCAUUGGCUGCCAGGUGACAGGCAAGCUGCUUCAGACCCACCAGACAAAGGAGGGUGAGAACAUCCGGCUCAACCAGGUCAAUGUGACUUUCCAAGUGGACACGGCUUCUGACAGCCCCUUCCUCAUCCUGCCCCUUACCUUCUACCACGUGGUGGAUGAGACCAGUCCCUUGAAAGACCUGCCCCUCCGCAGUGGGGAGGGUGACUUCGAGCUGGUGCUGAUCCUAAGUGGGACAGUGGAAUCCACCAGCGCCACCUGCCAGGUGCGCACUUCCUAUCUGCCGGAGGAGAUCCUUUGGGGCUACGAGUUCACACCCGCCAUCUCGCUGUCAGCCAGUGGCAAAUACAUAGCAGACUUUAGCCUUUUUGACCAAGUUGUGAAAGUAGCCUCUCCGAGUGGCCUCCGCGACACCAGUGUACGCUACAGAGACCCUGAAAAGCUCAAGUUGGAGGAGUCAUUAAGGGAGCAGGAUGAGAAGGAGGGCAGUGCCAUUAGUGUGCGCAUCAGCAAUGUCUGAUGGCUUGGUUCCCCACCUCCCCGUACUUCUGGUCUCUUUUCCUCUUUUGGCAUCCUGGGUGAGGGAUAUUACCCAGGCUUACUGGACAGCCCCAGAAGCACCCUUCUCCGCUCCCUCUUCUUUAACCCAGUUGGCCUGUAGUAGUCUAGGCCAACUGGACUUCCUCCCGUUGUUCCCUUCACCUCACCGCACUUCCACCCCAAGAUGCACACGUCCCUUAAGCCAGGAUGGGGGAAGGAGAGGGAAGAUUAGGCUGAAGUGGCUUAGAAGGCCUCAGCCAUGCCUGGAGACUCACAUUAGGAGGACCAUGCAGUUGGAUGGAUAGGCUCCCCCCACCCCGCCACCUCUCACCACCACCACCAGAAAGUUUGGUGCUUUGAGGCUGGAGUCCCCUCCCUAUCUUUCCACUUAGCAAGUUCCCUAAGGCUAGACUCUCUCUCUGAUGGUCCCUUUGGGGUUUGUGCCCUCAGAAAUAUAGGAGUCCAGAAUCAUUUUAUUCUGAAGUCUCUACCAAAACCUGUUGAAAGAAGCCAGGGUUUUUCAUGGUGUAGUUAAUUUCUGUUGGCAACUCCUGACUAUAACCUGGGACCUUGGUCCCCAUUGUUCUCCUCUUUCUAGUUUCUCAAGUGGACACUUUCUUAGGAUACCCAGUUCCCACAUAGAUGCCUCUGCUCCCAGAGAACUGAAGUUGACCCGGGAGAUAUAAAGCACACAGGCACAGCCACCACACCUGCUCCUGACCUGAAUACUGAACUCUUCAUUGUGGGGUGACUAAUGCAGAGCUAUUGUCUAAAACCUUGAACCUGGCCUCCAGGCAGCCCUGGGGGGAUCUGUUUCCCUGUGUCCCAUGAAAGUAAUGACCUUCCCCAAUAUGUUCCCCUGGAAAAAGUCCAACGCCCAGGCCCCACAGAAAGGUCUGGAAAUGGUGUUCCAGAUUACACUGUCCCUGGCUUCUCUAUGAUUCUUUCCUGCCCAGUCCACUCUCACCUAAACCCAACUUCGGAGGAAGGGGGAGAAAAUGCAAGGGCCUUCCUCUCUUACCACUAAGACUAGACUCACAGGGCACAGAGUCCCCAGGAAAGUUAAACCAACCAAAUGGGAUGAGUACAUUCUCCGAUUUCCAGACUGCUGUAUAGAGCUUCUGGGAAUUGGCAGUGCUUUGUUAAGGUUUGGGCAGAGGCAGGACUCUGUGGCUGGCAGACACUAUUCACACUGUUACCCCUCCCAGUGCCCUUCUGAAAAGUGCCAGCUGUUUUGUUAGGCAGUGCUGGGAGGGAAGGAAAUUAUACCUCCUGAUCAAAUAACCAUGGUCUCCCUCAGCCAUUCCUGAGACAGUAUAAAAUGAAUAUCAGUCUCAUCUCUCCUCUCCUCUGCUAUGAAGCCAGUUUCAGGCAAGUUAAAAGGCAUACUUUACGAGAUCAGACUCAGGCCACUCCUUGUUCCCUGAUGGGGACUGUGGUAUGGGGUCAGGAAGGGUGUAUGGGCACCAGAACUUGCUCUAAAGCUCCAAAUCCCAAGAGUGCUUCCUGUUCUCAUUUAGGUACCAAGGGACACUCUCCCCCACCCCAAAUGGUUUGGCACAGAGUCCCUGUAUGAAUCAAGUGGCAGUUUAUUUAAGGUGGACCAGCCAGUUGUUAUAAGGUACACAUUUAUCCAGAAUGAGUACCUGCAUCUGUGUGCAGAGCCUCACAGAGAAACCCAUGAAAUUUGGAGGCUGGACCCAUGGUCACCAUUUAUACAACUGCACAAGAUCCUCUUAUAUUGAUCUCUCCUUGAACUCAACUAACUAUAUCUUGAAGAUGAAGACCCUUCAUUCCCUACUUACUGUAAACCCCACCAUUACUACCUAGCUCUCAAGAAAACAAGAACCGGAACAACUUGAAAAUCUGAGACAGAGAACAGAAGGCAAAGAGCCAGCUUCUGGGCUCUCAACUUUAUUCAAAUGUUAGACUCACUUGAUUUCUUUCAACGUGUGUGUGUGUGUGUGUGUGUGUGUGUGUG